CCGACCAACCCUCCUCCCCUCCCCCCGCCCCCUCUCCCAACAACCAACCGCGCACACCUCCCGACCCUGCUCGGCUCCCCUCCUCGCGCAGCCUAUUUCCGUUUUCCUGCCCCGCCUGCGCUUUGCCCGCGAGUGUGCACUCCUCUCUCCCUCCUCUCCGCCGUCGCAACCAUGUCCGAGGAUAAUGUCGUCCCCACCUCCCAGAAGGGUUCCUUCACCACCUUCCUGAAGACCAUCGCCUCCACCACGGCCGAUCUCAGCACUCUCUCGUGCCCGGCCUUCCUGCUGGAGGGCAUCUCCGUUCUGGAGCACACCACCAGUUACAUGAUGGUCCCGGAGCUCCUGUUCAACAUCAACAAGGAGUCUGACCCUGUCGCCCGCAUGCGCGCCGUUGUUGCCUGGUGGAUUACCAACGUCUACCAGUCUUACGGCGCCCCCUUCGCCGGUGGUAGCUCCGUCAAGAAGCCCUACAACCCGGUCCUCGGCGAGCAGUUCCACUGCACCUGGCCCAAGGGCGGCCCCGUCGAGUCCGAGGUCCACCUGGAGGCCGAGCAGGUUUCCCACCACCCCCCGGUCAGUGCUUUCUACCUCGAGUGCCCGGAGCAGCGCCUCUGUGUGAACGGCUCCAUCUUCUCGGGCGCCCGCUUCCGUGGCACCAGUGUUCGCGUUCGCAUUUACGGCCACGUUGUUCUGCGUCUGCAGGACCACGAUGACGAGUACCGGCUCACCUACCCCGAGGCCGACCUGCGCGGUCUCUUCACUGGCCAGCUGUUCGCCGAGCUCAGUGGCAUGGCCACCAUCACCUCCAAGUCUGGCUACUCGGCCACCAUUAACUACCUGCCCAAGCCGUGGUUCCACGGCUCGUACCACAUGAUCAACGGCUUUGUCUCGCCGUCCAGCUCCCACAAUGUCGACAACGCCCUCUUCCACAUUUCCGGCAAGUGGGUCGGCCGCGUCAUGUGGAACGAGGCCGGCUCCAAGACGCAGAACCUCCUGCUUGACGUCGACACUCUGGUCAACACCAACCCCACGGUCCCGCCCCUGGAGGAGCAGGGUGAGCUGGAGUCCCAGAAGAUCUGGGCCCCGGUGACCGCCGCCCUGCGUGUGCAGGACUACUCCACGGCCCUUGCCGAGAAGAACACCAUCGAGGAGCACCAGCGUGCCCUGCGUCGCCAGCGUGAGGCUGAUGGUACUCCCUUCCAGGCGGUCCAUUUCGACAACAUCACCGACAUGAGCCAGCUCAUCCCUGAGAACGAUAUUUGCGAGGAGACCGGCACCGUGAUCUCCUACUACUGGCAGCACAAGCGCAUGCUCCAGUAAGCAUGUGAGACACUCCAAGAGAGCGAGCACGCGCGCGCGCGCGCGUGCU